AUGAAACCAUCAGGAGUUGAUAACCAUGACAUAGAAGACAGUGAGACAUUUGCCAAGGUGGUGAUUUUUGUGCUCCAAAAAGCUGAUCACACUUUCAGGAAUAUUCUGGGAAUAUCAGAGUCCAUUAACAAGGAGAAGGUUUUGAAGUUGAAGAACAACGCAAAAUGGGAUAGUGUAAAACCACUGGUCAAAUCUUUCUUGAGAAGUACCAUUCAUCUUGUUCAGCAGGCUGCAGAUUUGGAGAUAGUCGUCUUUGCGCCUACCCAACUUAGAGUUUCUGUAGUAUUUCUUGCCGCAUUUCCAGAUUUGCUGAUAAAAUUGAUCAAGAUUUCUAUGGAUCUGUGGGUAACCGGUGAAGAGACUAUGUCGAAGCAGGCUUUUCUAGUCUUGAAAGACAUCAGCAUGGUUUUUAACUCAGAAUGCUUCGACACCUGCUUAAUCAACAUAGAUUCUCUCGUUGAGCUAUGCUCUCAAGAUAUGCAGAAGUCUUACACCAAGGCAUCUGUUUCCAUCACACAACUUGCCAAGUUAUUGAAGAUGGCUCUCACUACAAAGAAUAAGGAAGCUCUCGAGAAGAUACAUAGCGAGCAGUACACAAACUGUGUUGAUCUCUGGGUGAAUUUUAUCGCCGCCAACAUUCAGGAUUUUGAUCUCCAGCCUCUGCGUUAUACUAUAGUUCAGUGGAGCUUCCACAUAUCAUUUCCAGAGCUUGCUACUAUUCCAGUCAUGAGGCUGAGGAACUUCAACGAGAGAACUACUCUGGAAGGCUUGAAGCGGGUUGUGAAACGCUUCAUCGAGCAGGUGGAGUCGAAUAUUGAGUUUGUGCAAAUGGAGAGAGAAGAAGCGGCUUUCUCUCCAAACGAUCAACAAUCGACAGAGACGUUUCUGCAACUUGAAAAGCGAAACAAGACUGCACCGUAUACACAAUACUAUCAAAGCAUCAUAGAUAAGGCUCUAGGAACUAAAGAGAAGAAGUGA